AUGGGGAGAUUACACCGCCUUCGGACAAUACCGCUUCAAAAGUCAGUCCCGUUUCUAAAAGAACCAGCGUUCGACAUAAAUCGACCUUGUGACCUGACACUUGAAUUCACUAAACCUGCCUGCGCUUCAUCUCAGCUGGUUGGUGGUAAGGGAACGCAGUUGGCUCUUCUGACUCAGCUAGAUGGGAAGUUCAUAGUUCCGAGGGGUUUCUGCCUGACGGUAGCCGCAUACAGACACCAUCUGAAAGAUAACAAACAUCUACGUGACGCAGUCGAAGAACUGGAAAAUGUUGCAUAUAAACGAAAGGAAGGUGAUAUUCACGAGAUGUCCAAGGCCAUUGUUGAAAGCUUUAACAAAACUCAACUGACUCCGGAGUUGGAGCGGGCAGUGUUGAAACAACUGUCAGAGCUGUUUGGCGAUGAAUGGAGCGAGAAGACGUUUGCUGUCCGAUCGUCUGCUGUUGGUAGGAUCUGA